CAUGGAACCGCCCCGUGACCUCUUCCCUUCUGUCACUUUCCACCUAAUUCCAUUACCGAAGAACCAAACACUCCACCACCUCUAAAUAACAUACACAUACAUGUAUAUAUACAUAUACAUAUUGAGAAAUCACAUAAGCCAUAUAUCACUGGCCGUACUUUGUAUCUUUGGCGAAACCUAUAAUUAAAACAAAGAAAAACCUAAUAUAUUGAUUCUUGUCGUAUAGAUGCCCAAAUUAAAUUCAUCACAAGCUCCCAUAUUGUUUUUCCUUAUUCUCGUUAUUCUACUUUGUUCAACGCAAACACAAUGCCACACCAAAGGUCUACGAUUACGACCAAGAAACCAGAAGAAUGUGAACACGACGAGUCAGAGACAAAACCCUGAAGAGGAAUUCAUGAAAUGGGUCAGAUUCGUUGGGAGCCUUAAACACUCGGUGUUCAAGGCAGCCGAGAACAAACUCUUCCCUUCAUAUACACUCACUGUCCAUAAGAAUCAGAAUAAAGGUGACUUCACUAAUAUCCAAGACGCCAUUGAUUCUCUUCCUCUCAUCAACCUCGUUCGUGUCGUCAUCAAAGUUCAUGCUGGAGUUUUCAAGGAGAAGGUGAACAUACCCCCAAUGAAGUCAUUCGUAACAAUAGAAGGAGAAGGAGCAGAGACAACAAUAGUGGAAUGGGGAGACACAGCACAAACACCUGACACAAAAGGCAAUCCCAUGGGCACCUUCAACUCUGCUUCUUUCGCCGUGAACUCACCUUUCUUUGUCGCUAAGAACAUCACUUUCAAGAACACGACCCCGGUCCCUUUGCCAGGCGCGGUUGGGAAACAGGCCGUGGCAUUGAGGGUGUCAGCGGACAAUGCUGCAUUUUUCGGCUGUAAAAUGCUUGGUGCUCAAGACACUCUCUAUGAUCAUUCAGGAAGGCAUUAUUACAAAGACUGUUACAUUGAGGGAUCUGUUGAUUUCAUCUUUGGCAAUGCCCUUUCUCUCUAUGAGGGAUGUCACGUGCAUGCAAUAGCGGAUAAGCUAGGAGCAGUGACGGCGCAAGGGAGGGGCAGUGUGCUAGAGGACACAGGAUUCUCGUUCGUUAACUGUAAGGUGACAGGGACAGGAGUUUUGUACCUUGGAAGGGCAUGGGGUCCUUUCUCAAGAGUCGUCUUUGCUUACACGUAUAUGGAUAAUAUCAUCCUCCCUAGAGGCUGGUACAAUUGGGGUGACCCUUCACGUGAGAUGACGGUGUUCUAUGGUCAGUACAAGUGCACUGGAGAAGGAGCAAACUAUGCAGGAAGGGUGGCUUGGGCAAAAGAGCUCACCGACGAUGAAGCUAAACCUUUUAUUUCUCUUACCUUUAUCGACGGCUCUGAAUGGAUCAAAGUCUAACCAUUACUCUCUUUUUCUUCCUAGUUAAUAGUAUAAUGUACAUUUUCCCUUAUAUUAUAUUUUCUAAUAAGAAUAAUUCACAAACUUAAUUACGCACA